GCGACGCCCGGACCCCACCGCCGGCAUGGACGGCCUCGGCUUCGGCUCGCAGGACAUAGAUGCAGCAGCAGUUUGCAGGCGCUGCGGGGGGCCUUGCAGGCAAGCUUGCAGGCCGUGACCAUGCAGACGGCCCGCUGUACGCGGGGGCCGAACCGCGGGGCCGGGCCGGGGGGCGGCGCGGGGGGCGGCAACGGCCCGGGCGGCGAGCACCGCGAGACGUGGGGGAAGAAGGUGGACUUCCUGCUGUCCGUCAUCGGGUUCGCCGUCGACCUGGCCAACGUCUGGAGAUUCCCGUACCUCUGCUACAAGAACGGCGGCGGAGCGUUCCUCGUGCCGUACUGCAUCAUGCUGCUGAUUGGAGGCAUUCCGCUGUUCUACAUGGAGCUCGCCCUGGGCCAGUUCCACCGCAAGGGCUCCAUCACCUGCUGGGGCCGCAUCGUGCCCCUGUUUAAAGGAAUCGGGUACGCCGUCGCGCUGAUCGCCUUCUACGUCGACUUCUACUACAACGUGAUCAUCGCCUGGGCGCUGCGCUUCUUCUUCGCGUCCUUCACCUCGCUGCUGCCCUGGACCACGUGCGACAACCCCUGGAACACCCCGUACUGCAGGCCGCUGGAGCGCUCCAUGUGGAUGGGCGGGGAGGACGACGCCCUGAACGCCACCAACACCACCGCGGCCGCGGCCACGGCCACCACCCGCUACUUCCUGUCCACGACGUCCCCGGCCCCCACCACCGCCACGAACCGCACCGGCGACGACGCGCCCUCCAUCCACUACACCUCCGCCGCCUCCGAGUACUUCAACCGCGCCGUGCUGGAGCUGCAGCACUCCAACGGCAUCCACGACCUGGGCAACAUCAAGUGGGACAUGGCGCUGUGCCUGUUGGCCGUCUACGUCAUCUGCUACUUCAGCUUGUGGAAGGGCAUCUCCACCUCCGGCAAGGUGGUGUGGUUCACCGCGCUCUUCCCCUACGCCGUGCUCGCCAUCCUGCUGGUGCGGGGCGUCACACUGCCGGGCUCCGCGGAGGGCAUCAAGUACUACCUCAACCCCAACUUCUCGGCCAUCACGAAACCGGAGGUGUGGGUGGACGCCGCCACGCAGGUGUUCUUCUCUCUCGGACCGGGCUUCGGCGUGCUCCUGGCAUACGCCUCCUACAACAAGUACCACAACAACGUAUACCAGGACGCGCUGCUGACCAGCUUCAUCAACUCGGCGACCAGCUUCGUGAGCGGCUUCGUCAUCUUCUCGGUGCUUGGCUACAUGUCGCUGGUGUCGGGCCGCAACAUCCAGGACGUGGCGACCGAGGGCCCCGGCCUCGUGUUCAUCGUGUACCCGGCCGCCAUCUCCACCAUGCCCGGCUCCAUCUUCUGGGCCCUCAUCUUCUUCAUGAUGCUGCUGACGCUGGGCCUGGACAGCUCGUUCGGCGGCUCCGAGGCCAUCAUCACGGCGCUCAGCGACGAGUUCCCCCUCAUCGGCAGGCACCGGGAGAUCUUCGUGCUGUGCCUCUUCACGCUGUACUUCAUCGUGGGGCUGGCGUCCUGCUCACAGGGCGGCUUCUACUUCUUCCACCUGCUGGAUAGGUACGCCGCGGGGUACUCCAUGCUGUUCGCCGUGCUCUUCGAAACCAUCGCCAUUUCGUGGAUUUACGGGACGCAGCGCUUCUGUGACGACAUCAAGGACAUGAUCGGCUUCGCCCCCGGCAUCUACUGGCGGUUCUGUUGGCGCUUCGCCGCGCCGCUGUUCCUUAUGUUCAUCAUCGUGUACGGCCUGAUCGGGUACGAGCCGCUGACGUACGAGGACUACAUCUACCCGGCCUGGGCCAACGUGCUGGGCUGGCUGAUUGCGGGCUCGAGCGUGGCGAUGAUCCCCGGCGUGGCGGCCUUCAAGCUCCUCACCACGCCGGGCACCUUCUGCCAGCGCAUGCGGUACCUGACGACGCCGUGGCGCGACCACCAGAUGGCGGUCAACGGCAGCCUGUCGCUGCCGCACGACGCGGUGGGGUCGUCGCCUGAGGAGGUGCGGCUGCGGCUCAUGACGUGCGAGGCGGAGCCCGCCGAGCCAGAGGACGUCUAGGCGCGCCGCGAGGCGUCCCGGACGCGGCGUCCCAUCGCCACCGGGAGUGCACCGAGCAGACGCGGCCAACCGGGUGGCCAAUGUGACGACCAACUUGACGGCUAACUUGAUGGCCAACUUGACGGCUAACUCGAUGGCCAACUUGACGGCUAACUGGAUGGCCAACUUGACGGCUAACUUGAUGGCCAACUUGACGGCUAACUUGAUGGCCAACUUGACGGCUAACUUGAUGGCCAACUUGACGGCUAACUUGAUGGCCAACUUGACGGCUUACUUGAGGGCCAACUUGACGGCCAGGAUCGAGUCGAUGCCGCGUGCUCGACACACUCGUUCGUUUAAUCUGCUUCAGUAGCGCACCACACUCAGAUUUUCGUUUCGCUUUUUGUGUUAUAUUUGUUGAUUGAAUACAGAUACUUUAAGUGGUAGAACCAAUAGCGUGUACCAAUACUAGAUGAAAGAAUAGAACCUAGGAAAAAGUGCUAAUGUGUACCUUUCGUCGUAGUUAGGCUAAAGUGCCGCUCGGCCUAGGCAGUGGCUACCGCAGAUCGACAGCCUUGGUAUCGUUGUAAAAAGUCGGUAGUGUUCACUUAGAUUGUUACUAUUGUUAUUUAUUUACGUAGAAAUUGUCAGCUGGCUGUAAAAAUAGAUAAAAAACCUUCAUUCCUGGAGACGGUUGGGAUUACAUCAUUCCUCGGGAACGCCUACAGACAAAAAUAUUUUAUUAGAUUAGUACGUGUUAGUAAGUAUUCACGACUUGCCCUGCGAGUCUAUGCUGUGGAGCACCAUAACUAGGAUGUAAUACUUGUAAAAUAUGCCCUAUAGAAACUGAUAUUCACUGUUGGUAUGUAUCAAAAACAUUUCUAGUGUUAAGACGGGCUAGCAGUUGCCUCAUGCUUUCCAGUUCAUUUUUGUGAGUGAUAUUAUUUUAGUUUUGAUACGCAACCGAAAGCGCACCAAACAGCCAUUUGGUCGUUUUCGAAGACUGUUGCCUUUUACUUAUAUAUUUUAUAUACGUUGUUGAUUCACAGUGUGAUGUUCCACAUAGUUUUGUAAAUAGAGUAGGCUCCUUGGAGCAGCGUCUGGAACGCGGAGCCAAGCACGCGCGGGCCAACAAGCCAACGCGGCCGUUUGUCAAACGUUCCGGCCAACUAGUCAUUGCUAGUCAUCGGCAGCCAAGGGUCCGCGGUGGGGACUGCCGGGCCCGCCUGGACCGCCUCUAGCCCGUAGUACCGAGUUAUAUAGUCAUGUUGUUGAUGUUUGUCGUAGACCUUUGCUCAUUAAAAGAACAUUGCCAUUGUGUAUUGAUACUUUGAUGUAUAGUGGUUUAGCGUAAAUUGUUCGGCCCUUCAGACCUGUCCCACACCACUUCAACGCUCCCUCGCAAUUCAUGUAACGAGGGGGCGUAUGAACGUCCUGGGGUCGCGUCAAGGCCGGAGAUUCGAAUGUAGCGGUGGCCAAUUUGUUACUUGUUUAGCUUGUUGUGCUUUCCUUUUUGUAAUAAAAUACCAAAUACAAAAGGAGAACGAG